AGCACCUAAUCUCGUAAAAUUUCCUCUGCAUGCAUUCCGUAAACCACAUCACCAUUAUUUCACCAUGGCUGACCAAAAUCAAAAGCCUAAGCUGGUAGAGAAGCAAUCCGUCAUGCCAGAGACAGAACGAGUCGUAAUUCGAAGAUUGGCAGGCAAGAACACAGGCAUUGAAGAACCAAACGCCCUCGACCAGGUUGAUUCGGACGCAACCAAUGAUGCAAACAGCAGCAGCAGUCUAGACUGCAAAGUCGUUCGACAUUCCAGCAAUGAUGGUGGGCAAGAAGACAUGUAUCUAAUGAAAUUGGAGGCAACAAGGAGGAAACUGAAAGAAAGAUAUGUAGAAAUUCAAGAGGCUGGGAGGAAGAAGAAGAUCAGAAUCAAUGAUUUCAAAGAUAUAUCCGAGCGAGUCCCUCCUCCUGUUGAGCCAACCCAGCGAAGGAAAAAAAUUAAACGACUUAAGAUUGUUAAAAUUGGACGUUGAAGGGGGCAGAGUAUGAUUGUGACAGAAAGGAUACUAACGAUUUCACUAUUAUAGGACAGAAGGCUUAGGUUUUUAUUAUUUAAUUUGUUUCAUUGCGGUACUGUAAAAAUUAGUUUAAUCAAAUUCGACACUGUAG